GUGGGAUGUGGGGCUGGGGUCUCCCUGAGUGGCGCCCCUCCCCUGGCCGCCCUAGGAGGCGGGGACUGAGCGUGCCUGGGCUACGUGCGAGGGGAGGCCCUGGGCUGGGACGGCCUCGGAGUUGGGAACUAGGCCCAGCCCGCGAGGUGGGAGGGGACGUCCUCGUCCAGCCCUCUGUCCGCCUGCCGUCGUAGACACGUCUAAGGACGCUCAUCCUGGGCUAGGCACCGCGCCCCGAGGGACGGAGCCAGACCAUAGAGGGUCCUGGGGGCCGCGGCAUCGGAUAUUUCCCCCCUCCCCACCCCCCACUCCCGAGUCAGGCCUGGUUUGGGAGAAAUCCUAGUGAGGGGGGUUGGAUCGCCCAAGAAGCGUCCGAUGAGCCGCUUCUGAAGUUGGCUCAGACUUGAGCAUCCUUAACCACGAUGAAGAAUCGGGACAAAGAGGGUGGUGCUUCGAAGCUGCCAGCCAGCCCUUCCAAAGCAAAAGCCCGAGCAGGGCCUCAAGAAGCCAAUUCAUCCCAGGCUUCGAAGCCCGAGGAUGCCCCGGAGCCCAGGAGUCAGCGUGCAUCUGGCGACUCUGCUCCCAAAGCAGAGGGAAAUGCAGAAGGUCCCACUAGCCAGGCCCAGGAGAAGAAUGACGGGGGGCAGACCAAGAAUUCUCAGUCAGGACCUGCUUGUGAUGUCUCAGAGGAGCUGAGUCGGCAGCUGGAAGACAUACUGAAUACCUACUGUGUUGAUAGCAGUCAGGAGGGACCAGGCGAUGAGGGGGGCCAGAGUGAGCACACAGAGCCAGAUGAGGUAGAGAAGAGUAGGAAUUACUCUGCCCGGAAUGGAGAACCAGAACCGGGGACCCCUGAAGUCAAUGGCGUGAAGGAAAUCACCAAGGGAGAGCCAGGCAUUGAAGAGAUCCGGGCAAAUGAUGAGAGUGGGGACCGAGACCAGAAGCGGGUCCAGGAAAAGAAGAAGGCCAAAGGCCUGGGGAAGGAGAUCACUUUGCUGAUGCAGACGCUGAACACCCUUAGCACCCCGGAGGAGAAGUUGGCUGCACUAUGCAAGAAAUACGCUGAGCUGCUGGAGGAGCACCGAAAUUCUCAGAAACAGAUGAGAGUCCUGCAGAAGAAGCAGAGCCAGCUGGUGCAGGAGAAGGACCACCUGAGGAGCGAGCACAGCCGGGCUGUCCUGGCCCGCAGCAAGCUGGAGAGCCUGUGUCGGGAGCUUCAGAGGCACAACCGUACCCUCAAGGAAGAAGGUGUCCAGCGAGCUCGGGAGGAAGAGGAGAAGCGGAAGGAGGUGACCUCCCACUUCCAGGUGACCCUGAAUGACAUCCAGCUGCAGAUGGAGCAGCACAAUGAGCGUAACUCCAAGCUGCGCCAGGAGAACAUGGAGCUGGCCGAGCGGCUCAAGAAACUCAUCGAGCAGUAUGAGCUGCGGGAGGAGCACAUUGACAAGGUCUUCAAACACAAGGACCUGCAGCAGCAGUUGGUGGAUGCCAAGCUCCUGCAGGCCCAGGAGAUGCUGAAGGAGGCUGAGGACAGGCACCAGCGAGAGAAAGACUUUCUGCUGAAGGAAGCGGUGGAGUCCCAGCGUGUGUGUGAGCUGAUGAAGCAGCAGGAGGCCCACCUGAAGCAGCAGCUCGCACUGUACACAGAGAAGUUUGAGGAGUUCCAGAACACUCUGUCCAAGAGCAGCGAGGUGUUCACAACGUUUAAGCAAGAAAUGGAAAAGAUGACCAAAAAGAUCAAGAAGCUGGAGAAAGAGACCACCAUGUACCGAUCCCGGUGGGAGAGCAGCAACAAGGCGCUGCUGGAGAUGGCCGAGGAGAAAACUCUUCGAGACAAGGAGCUGGAAGGCCUGCAGGUGAAAAUCCAGCGGCUCGAGAAGCUCUGUCGGGCCCUGCAGAGUGAACGCAAUGACUUGAACAAGAAGGUGCAGGACCUGAGUGCCCAUCCGCCGCCGGGGGAAGCAGACACCCCAGAGUCCCCCAAAGGCCCAAGGAGGGGCGGUGGUGCUGAACCGCUGGUUGAGGGCCUGACCCCUGAGGUCCCCCAGUCUCUGUGUCACACAGAGGCCGCCCCCCAGGGCCUCGAACUGAGCAUGAGCGUUUCAGGCCAGACAGAGACUGAUGAAGCCGCCCCUUCUUCUGACUAGAGACACCCCUAUGGGAGGACGACCAGGGAUGUCAGGAGGGGGCUAGUGAACGUUACAGGCCCAGCUGCUGUGUCCCCUGUCAGUUUAGGGGCUGCUGUGGGGAAGAGCUGGGGCCCAUCAGGCAUUUGACACUUUGCAGUUUAGGUUCUUGAAGAUGAUUUUUAUACAUACAUAUGGCAUAUAAAAGUGUGUGCCAUGCCCCAUACUUUUAUAUACAUGCAUGUAUAAAGCAAGCACUCGCUUUCCCCAUGCCUCGGUGCAUGGGUAGAGACAUGUGUAACUAAUGAGUGCAUUGGAGGGGCUUAGCAGAGGGCAUGUCUCCUGUGACUUCCCACAGUCAGGGCAGGUUAUUGGGCCGUUCCUCCCUCCCUCCCAGCCCCUGUGACCGGAGCUUCGCUGGUGUCCCAGUGCAGACGCGCACAAGCGUACGUGCACUAUCUUGUAUUUUGGUUGAGAGAACUGGGUUCGCUGUGGCUUAGAGUUCUCCCACGGUGCUGAGAGUCUCUGCCCCUCCUGCUCUGGGAGCCCAGCAGGGAUUCAGAGGCAGCGUUUUUGAGUGUUUUCCAGUGGAGAGAGACAAGAUUGAGGAGCCCAUUUAUUUAAAGACUCGCAGUGGGAGCCUCUUGAGUUUGCCAGUCGUGCCCAAAGCAGAUAGUGUGUCCCAGUAGCCUUAUGAUUCACAGUUGCCUGUCCUUCCAGCACAAGAGAACAUCCUGAGGGUUGUUUCUGAAGAUGGUUUGGGGAUUCUGCACACGAGUGUGUUCUUGGUGAGGAAUUGAUGAGGUAGGAAGAGGACUAUUUGCAAUAGACGGCCUCCUUUAUCCCUGUCUUCCCUGCCCCAGCUUUGGGCCUCAGCUGAGUGGGUGCAGCGGAUGUAUGUUCCUCACACAGAGAGAGGGACGCUUCCCUUUAGUGUUGCUUGAAUCACUGCAAGGGCUGUAGGACCCUGAGGGCUGCCUCUUGUUCUCACAGCAGCCCAGCCCCUGGCUCCCGGCCACCCCUGCCCAUUUCCAUGGACUCUCAGAAUGACCACAGCCACCCCCUGGGCUUGCAAGACUCCCCCUCUAUGGGUGAACACUAAGCUUUCCUUGGCUGAGCAGAGGUCUGAGGAUGGCCUCCUGGCCUUCCAGAGUCUGGGGCUCAGGGCUCUGGCUACAGAUAAGCCUCUACACUGGCCAAGGCCAGAAGGUCACAAGAUUUCUCCCAAAAUCGGCCUAUUCCUGGAAGGGGCCAGAAAUGUAUAGCUGGAGAGCCACCUCUCCUCUAAUGAGCCUGGUGACAGGGAGUUUGGCCUUCCCUGUCUCUGGGCUGCACCCUUGAGGCACUACCAAUCGUGCCUCCUGUGGUUUGAAGCAAUUCCCCUCGCCCAGCCAAGCCCCAGCUGCGAGACAGGGUGCCUCUGGGACCUCUACUCCAGCCUAGCUUUUUGCCUCAGUGGGACCAAAGGAGCUACAGAAACUGCAGGGCCACUCUGUUUCUUCCCAUCUAUCCCCUCCUUUGCCCUUCCUGGCCUUUUUCCAUAUCACUGUCAGUCACACCAAGUCCUGUUCACAGGCUAACUAACUCUAAAUCAUGUUCUCACAGAUCUUGUUCUCCAGUGUCAGUCUUCCCUUCCCCUUGUGCUCUGACAUCUGUCUUUUGGGUGGCUCUGGAUUGAGUCUUCUUCCUGACUAGGAGAGCCUUCCUCAGGGGAGCCCUAGGCAGGGACCAGAGUAGCAUCCAGCUGAUACUUUGAAUGUGCUGAUCUUUUGUCUUUGUGGGCCAGAUCUGAAGGUGAGGGCAUGGAGCUGUUGUCAGGGCCUCAGCAGCUGGAGGUGGGACUGGUGUGAAUGGAUUUGCAUUCCAAACUCGGAAGCAUUUUCCCACCUCUGGGGUAGAAUGGAAGGGUCUGUGUUGCUCCUGUCCCUUUAUUCCUUUUCAGUCUUCCAAGGUGCCCCUUCACCUCUCAGUAAGUGCUAACCCAGAGCUGCCACACUAAGGCCACCCUUCUGGGUAGUCCUAGUUUGGACUUCUCUCUGCAUGAAGAGGUCGUGGAUGGCACUCAUUGCCCAACUCACUUCAGCUACCUCUAAGCUGCUGUAGGCCUGGGGCUACAGAAGCAGCCUCUAGGCCUCAGUGUUGGAGCCCUUUGCUGGGAAGCGAGCUAAUGGUGAGCCUAGAUGCCUUGUCUGGCCACAGACUGACUUCUCUUUUCAACACCCAGUAAACUCUGUUUCAAGGAUUCAGUAAGUGCUGGGUCUGCUCACCGAGGAACCAGCAGCCGGCACACUAGGGCUUCCUUUCCCUCCUUGGCCCCUUUUUAAUUCUUAGCCUUUCUCCCACUAGUGACCAAAUCUCAGAAUUCACCACACCUGCUGCUGGCAGCUCUCCAAAGGGAGCUGGUCCAGGCUGCAGCUCCCUCCUUUUAGCUCUUACAAUGGAUGCUUAGCCCUGGGCAGGUAAGGGACUGGGUUAUACAAGGAACCUGGGCAGGUCCCACUGGGCGAAGUAAUCCAAAAGGUGUGUCCCAAAGGAGUACUGUACUUGGCCUCUUCAGCCUUGGGCCCAGAGAGCUCUGAAGCCUAGUAGCUUUUGUUUCAGGGAUUCAGCCCCAUGCAUACACUCUCCGAUUUAGCCUGGGGCCCUUGUCCCAAGACCGUGUCCAGCCCAUUGGGCCAUAGGCACAGAGCAUGUGAUUAUAUGUGCCACAGAAUUGAUUCUCCACGGGUCAAACUUGGGCAUUUUCUGUAAGGGGCCAACUCAGAAUGGCUCGAUUUGGGGCUGUGGAACACCUCCCAAGCUUGCCAAUGGCACAGCAAGGUAUGACAGGGUUUGGGGGGGAAGAGUUAAGGGAUGGCUUCCUGCCUGUUGGGCCCUCUAGGUGGCCUGACCCCAUAGAGGUUGGAAGCUGUGUGCUAACAGCUAUCUUUUUUCUUUUCACAACAGACCGGUGGGGGAGGGAGGGGUGAUUUUGAUGUAUUUUUAACCACAUUAAAUAGUCUGUUGCCUUAAUUUCA